AAAUAAAUUCCAAAUAAGAAUGAUUUUUGUGAUACAAUAAAUACUUUUUCGGGAGCGUGUCACAUAGAAAUUAGUGCUUACACAAGAAGAACGUUCUUUGACAACAAUUUUACGUUCCUAGAUUAUUUUGCCGAAAAGGAGGUUUAAGUUAUUUAUCAACUUUUUUCUUGCAGUAGGAAUUGUUCAUGGGUUUUAUGGUAGUAUGAGAUUUUUAUGCAAAAGUUUGGUUGUAGAUGGCGAGAGUGGGGCUGACAGCAGAUCAGUAACGACUGUGGUGUUGAUACACAAGGAGUUCGUGGUCGGGCCGGCUUCAGACAUCGGGCCCAUGCCUAAGACUAACUUCAGGAGGAACUCCCGUGUGCUACUGGGCGAGGGCUGGGAGCGUCCGGGGCGGCGCGUGCGCAACUACGUGCUGCACGACGAGUACGGCGAGACCUAUAACACUGUGGCUUUAGUGCAACUCAAGGAUCCUAUUAGAGAUUUGUUAAUAAGACCCUUGUGUCCACCGCCGGAAAUUUUAAGGAAUCCAACGUUUUACGUCGUCAGGAUGAAAGAUGAUUUUGAUAUCCUUCAGAAAGAAGUCAUCAAUGUGGUGCAUAUCCCAGGAGAUAUGUGCAAGGAGUUUUACGUUGCUACCAAUUUGUACAGUAAGAGGAUGCGCCCGCCCCACGUGGCGUGCGCGGUGUCGGUGAGGGCGGAGGGCGUGUGCGUGUGGGGCGCGGGCGCGGCGCUGGUGGCGCGGGACGUCUGGGGGCGCUGGCUGCUGCUUGGUGUAGGUGUCAGGGGUCCUGGCUGCACAGCCCCCUCCCGCUAUCUGGACAUGAUGAGCUACUACCCCUGGAUAGAGACCAGCCUUGCCAAGUUCGACAGAAUCACCAUCUCCAAAAUCAGCAAGCAAAAAUAUGUCUUACGCUCUAGCCACGCCUACCAGAGAUUCGGCGCUUGCGAUGAGGAAGAGAAAGUCAACCUCAUAUUCAGGGAGGUGUUCGUGCUACGGACAAACAACGAUCAGUACCAGUUCUUAACAUACAAUUUGACUAUAAUUGAAAACGUAGAAUACAGUUGCCUGACACUGGAACUUACGAACGCAUCAGCGGUGUCUGAGAUGAGAGUCAAACAUUAUUGCCCAAGAAUUAACUAUGGACCGGCUUGCUAUUAUUACAAAGGAUCACUAUUCGAAAUAUCAGUGUACCUAAUGUUUUCAACAACGUGUCUAUUCGAGAUGUUCGCUUGGGGCUUCAAGAAGAACAUGAGUCUGAUCGACAUUCAGGAGUGGAAGUGGGAGGAGGGGACUUACUACGAGGACUUCACGAUGCAGAGGGUUGAGUAUAGAGGCCAGCCUUACCAGACGGACUUCGGCUACGAGCCCCUGGACACCGCUAUGUGGGUGCCCGAGUACGAUGCCUGGACGACCACGGAGUUGGAUAACAGUACCACGCCGACAUCCGCUCCUGUUAUGGGUAAGUGGACUGUUGGAGUUGUUGCUCUAGUGGUUACAGGCUCUGACUGCUGUUUGGAUGGUCGUGGGUUCGAUUCCCACCCAGGAUGUUUGUGUGAUGAGCCAUGAGCAUGAUCGUUUUGUUCUAUGUAUAUUAUGUGUGUAUUUAGAAAUUAAUAAGUAUGUUUAUCAAUUAUCUAGUACUUGACUGCUGUCAAACUAUUAUUUUUACGCGAAAUUUUAAAUGGUUUGACAUAAGUUACAUUUGAUACGUUGUAUUUAUUUCCAGCGCAAAUGCACGUAUUUUUCAAUAUCAUGUUUAUUUCUCUUUUCAAA